CUUUAAAUUACUUGUUUAAUUUUGGAAUCAAAACAAAAAGAUGCCUUCUCCAAUUAUAUGUUUAUAAAAACACUUGCUUGUCUUUGUUUCUACUCCAUGUAGUAGUACCAUAAAAGUGUUUUCAAGAAUUAUUCCUUUUUUUGGCUUUAGACAACCUUAAUAUAUGAACCUCUUCAUUGCAUUAUAUUCCUUGUAAAGUCUUUUCACUUUUUUGGGUUUUUUUUGUUUGCUUGUAUGCAUGGAAGAAACAGAUGAACAGGAGGAGUUUUUGACUCUGACACUUGCCAUUGUCGCGGAUUCAAGAUUUGAUAAGAAGAGAAAAAGAAGGAAAAGAGAAGAGUCUAUUGAGCCAGUGAGCUCGAACGAAGAUUGUGAAGGUAGGAUCUUUAGUCUCCUUCAAUUGAGGGAACAGAUGUUGAAACUAGACCGCAAGAGAAAAGGAGUGGCUGAAGAUGGGAAAGGCCUUCAUCUGAUCCAUCUGCUGCUAAUUUCUGCCACGUUUGUCGAUGAGAACAAGCUCGAUUCGUCUGUGGAGAGUUUGAGUGAGUUGUUUCAGAAUGUGUGCUUAACAGGGGACUCUGUUCAGAGGGUGGCAGCCUAUUUUGCUGAUGGCCUGGUGGCUAGGCUUCUGACACGAAAAUCGCCUUUUUAUAACAUGAUUAUGAAGGAACCGAGUGCUGAAGAAGAGUUUCUGGCAUUCACUGAACUUUACAAGGUCUCUCCCUAUUACCAAUUUGCUCAUUUCACAGCUAAUCAGGCUAUUAUCGAGGCCUUUGAGAAAGAAGAGGAUAGUAAUAACAGGGCUUUGCAUGUCAUUGAUUUCGAUGUUUCCUAUGGAUUCCAAUGGCCUUCACUUAUACAAUCUUUAUCUGAUAAGGCCACCAGCAGCAGUCGAAUAUCUCUAAGAAUAACAGGCUGUGGAAGAAGCUUAGAAGAAUUGCAAGAAACCGAGACGAGACUAGUCUGUUUUGCUAAGGGAUUCAGAAACAUAACCUUCGAAUUUCAAGGUUUGCUGAGAGGUUCAAGUGAUUUUGCAGAUAUAAAGAGAAGGAACAAUGAAACAGUGGCAGUUAAUUUAGUUUUCCAUCUAAACACACUCACUAAUUUUUCAAAAAUUUCGGAUACCUUAAAAACGGUACAUUUCUUAAACCCUGCCAUAGUGAUCUUGGUGGAACAAGAAGCUAGUAGAAAUCCUAGAAGCUUCUUAGCACAAUUCAUGGAGUCUUUACAUUACUUUGCAGCCAUGUUUGAUUCCUUGGACGAUUGUCUUCCCCUCGACAGUGACGGAAGAUUAGGCAUCGAGAAGAAUCAUCUUGGCAGAGAGAUCAAGAGCUUUAUGAAUUACGAAAAAGACAGUAGUAACUGCAAUAAGUAUGAGAGGAUGAAGACAUGGAAAGAAAGAAUGGAAGGGCAUGGAUUCAGAGGACUAAAGCUGAGCUCGAAGAGUGUAAUGCAAGCAAAACUUCUUCUGAAAAUGAGGAGCCAAUAUUGUCCGGUGCAAUGUGAUGGAGAGAAUGGUGGAUUCAGAGUUUUUGAGAGAGACGAGAGCACAGCUCUGUCUCUGGGCUGGCAAGAUAGGUUUUUGCUCACUGCUUCUGCAUGGCACUGUGUAUGAUAAAUGAUAAUUGCAUUUCUCUUAACAUUUAA